CACAGUCCACUGAUGAGUUUCGGAGCCAGUUUUGUCAGCUUCCUGACAAUUGGAUUCUAUUGGAGUGAAGAACAGGAAGAGAAUGCCAUGAUGACGUUUGAGGAGGAGAAGAUGCAGACAGCCUUUGAUGACCUCCGAGCCACGGAGAGACUUUGUGAGCGAGACAAUGCCGGGGUCAUCGAGACGAUCAAAAACAAGAUCAAGAAGAGUGACCCUCAGAGGUCAGGGGUGGCUAUAGUAGACCGCCUCCAGAGACAGAUCCUUGUGGCAGACUGCCAGGUGUACCUCGCUGUCCUCUCCUUCAUCAAACAGGAACUGUCAGCAUACAUCAGAGGAGGCUGGAUCCUCCGCAAAGCCUGGAAGAUGUACAACAAGUGUUACAGCGACAUCAGCCAGCUGCAGGAUUGCAGCAAGAAGAGGUCCUCCGACCAGCAGGCGUCUCCCUCUCCAUCCACUGACCAGGCCAACCACGGCGCGGCCAAGCUCCCAACCCAGAGGACCAAUGGGGUGAGCCCGGAGGCCCUAGCCCGGCUUAAGGGCUCAGUCAGUUUUGGCUACGGCCUGUUCCACCUGUGCAUCUCCAUGAUACCGCCGCACCUGCUGAAGAUUGUCAACCUUCUGGGUUUCCCCGGCGACCGUCACCAGGGGCUGUCCGCCCUUGCGUAUGCCAGUGAAAGUAAGGACAUGAAGGCCCCCUUAGCUACGUUGGCCCUCUUGUGGUACCAUACGGUAGUGCAACCCUUCUUUACCCUGGACGGCUCAGACACACAGGCCGGUCUGAUGGAGGCGAAGGCUAUCCUCCAGAGAAAGGAGCCCGUAUACCCUAACUCCUCCCUCUUCAUAUUCUUCAAGGGCAGGGUGCAGCGUCUGGAGUGCCAGAUCAACAGUGCAGUGACGUCCUUCCAAAAUGCCUUAGAGCUGGCUACAGACCAGAGGGAGAUCCAACAUGUUUGUUUGUAUGAAAUAGGCUGGUGCAGUAUGAUGGAGCUGAAGUGCGGUGACGCCUACAAGGCCUUUCAGCGUCUGGCGACCGAGUCACGCUGGUCCCAGUGUUACUACACCUACCUAACUGGAGUGUGCCAGGGAGCGUCAGGAGAUCUGGAGGGAGCGGCCGCUGUCUUCAAGGACGUACACAAGCUUUUGAAACGGAACAGCAAUCAGAUAGAACAGUUCUCUAUGCAGAGGGCGCAGAGGCUCAGCAAACACACCCCAUCCAGAGAGCUGUGUAUCCUGGCUGUGAUCGAGGUGCUCUACCUGUGGAAGGCCCUGCCUAACUGCUCCACCGCUAAGCUGCAGACCAUGAGCCGAGUUCUGCAGGAACUAGAUGACAUCUCAUUUGCUGGCCUGAAAAACCUGCUCCUUGGUGACAUACACAGAUGUCUCGGCAACAUGAACGACUCCAUUCAGUGCUUCCAUCUGGCUGCCAGAGAUGAGAUGGGCCAUCAAAACAACUCCUAUGUGCAGCCCUACUCCAUCUACGAGUUAGGCUGCGUCUUACUGGACAGCCCUGAGUCUGAAGCGAAGGGCAGAGCUCUGAUGCUCCAGGCCAAGGAGAACUAUGCUGGCUAUGACUUUGAGAACAGGCUCCAUGUGCGCAUUCAUUCAGCUCUGGCUUCCAUGAGAGAGGAGGUGACCCCACCCUGACCGCACCCUUUCUCGACCAUACAUCCACCCUAGCUUGUGUUGGGGGUAGGAGGAGCUGGAAACGGCUCCCUUUAGAGAAGCCAUCUUGAUCUCCACAGCACUGUGAUGGUUCACUGCAUUGUUUUUCAGUUGACUUGUGUUUGUUUUUUAGAAUGAAUGUGCCAUCAAGUUUGCAAUGUAUAGUUUACAGUAAGAGUUUCCUGGAGCGACAAUGCAGGAAUAGUUAAGACUACUGGAGUGUAUUAGUGUGUUUUCAACCAGAUCAAAUAUGUACAGUGGUUGCAGCUGGGAGGCAAAUGCAACUUUUUACAGGGGAAAGUGUCUUUAUGGGGGGAAAAUCUAUUUAAAUUGUACAAUCAUAUCUUUAUUCUUUCCCAUGUGUUGGGAAAAGGUUCAGAUGCAGAACUGGGUAAGCCAUUGGGUAUGCCAUUGGGUAUGCCAUUGGGUAUGCCAUUGGGUAUGCCACACUCCAUUAUAAAUUAAGCCGUGCCCAGGUUGCUGCCAGAUUAUGACCUGAAUGUCCAAAGUCCUGUUGCUGUUACAGUAGUAGACCAUCUGAAUGCACAAAUCCUAUGCUACUACUCAUCGCGUGGCCUUGUGGCACUGUAAAUUGGGGAGAUUUUCUACACAUCUUGCCAUGGGUUGCAGAGAACAUUCUGCAGUUUUAAAGGCCCAGUGCAGUCAACAUUUUUAUUUUCCUGUGUUUCAUAUAUAUUUCUACACUAGGAGGUUGGAAUAAGGUUGACUGUAACGUCUCUUCACAAUCCUCAAGUCAAGAACAGACUAUGGGAGGCGCACAGUACAUGGAGCCAUGGCUACAUGGAACUCUAUUCCACAUCAGGUAACUGAUGCAAGCAGUAGAAUCCAAUAAUAAUACACUGUAUGGAACCUCGGGGACUGUGAAGAGACACACACCUCGGGAACCUCGGGGACUGUGAAGAGACACACACAUACACAUGAUAAGGCAUGCACUCUACACACCUACAAAUGGAUGUUGUAUUAGAUGUGACAGUAGAGUAGUAGCCCGAGGGAACACACUUAAUGUGUUGUGAAAAGUUUUAUUAAAUGUAAUAUUUUAAAUUGUAUAUACAAUGAAUGUUGAAUGUUUUUGGACCCCAGCAAGGCAGCAGCUAAUGGGGAUCCUUAAUACAUAUAAUACUGUGAACAUGAAGCUGAUGAUGAUAAUACCCUUUUAGUGUAAGAGCUGUUUGAGUUGUUGGCCUUCCAUGGUUACCUCACCAUGCGGUAAAUGAGUAAAUAAACCAAUAAGAAAGGGUUCCAAAUCUGCCAAUAACAGCUCAUGGUCAGAUUUCCCCUCCCCACUCAGACCACUCCCAGACAGUACUAAUGAAAUUCUUUCUUGACAAAUUGCUCUUUAAGAAGCAAUUUUUGUUUCUUUUUGGCCAUUUUUAAUUUAAAACAAUCACAGUAAGGUACUUAUUUGUUACCCAGAAAUGAUUUGAUAUUGAGAUUAAAAAUGGCUUCAAUGGAUAUUUUUAAAGCAAGUUUUCUGAAAUUCUACACAUUUUGCCAUGGGGCAGUGAGAACUUUGCAAUUGUAGAAAAAAAAUCUAUUUUAAAGCUAAUUUCCUGGAAUUCUACACAUUUUGUAAUGACUUAUGUCAUGUUAAUAUAAUAUCUGAGUGAGAAUGACUAACAAAAUCCUUGUGUGCCCCCUGGAGAUCAGGGCCCCUGGGCAUGUGCCUGGUCGCUAUUCGGACAGGUUUAGAUAGCUGGCUAGACUAACAAGCAAUAAUUGAGUGACUGGAAGUGACCUACAUAACGAGAACAAUUGCUGAUGCACAAUGACAUUUCCAAAUUGAACGUGGUGUAUUCUAUUAUUCUUACUCUCAAUAGUAAGUUGAGACCCCGACUGAGUUCUUGAAAAAAUAUAUACAGUGCCUUCAUAAAGUAUCGACACCCCUUGAACAUAUUUUGUUAUUAUAUAGCCUGAAUUCAAAAUGAAUCAAAUUAAAUAAAAAAUCUCAGCUAUCUUUUUUUCUAAUUUAUUGAAAAUUAAAUAUAGCAUUUCCACAAGUAUUUCCAACCCUGGGGUCAAUGCAUGUUAGAAUCCCCUAUGGCAGUGAUUACAGCUGUGAGUCUUUCUGGGUAAGUCUCUAAGAGCUUUGGACACCUGGAUUGUACAAUAUUUGCACAUUAUUCUUUAAAACAUGUUCAAGCUCUAUCAAGUUGGUUGUUGAUCAUUGCUAGACAGGCAUUUUCCAGUCUUCCCAUAGAUUGUCGAGCGGAUUUAAGUCAAAACUGCAACUAGGCCACUCAGAAACAUUCAAUGUCGUCUUGGUUAGCAACUCCAGUGUAUAUUUGGCCUUGUUUUAGGUAAUUGUCCUGAUGAAAGGUGAAUUUGUCUCCCAGUGUCUGUUGGAUAGCAGACUGAACCAGGUUUUCCUCCAGGAUUUAGCCUGUGCUUAGCUCUAUUCUCUUUCUUUUUAUCCUAAAAAAACUCCAUAGUUCUUGAUGAGGAAAAGCAUAAGCAUAACAAAAUGUCGCCACCACCAUGCCUGAAAAUAUGAAGAGUGGUACUAAGUGGUGUUGGAUUUGCCCCAAACAUAACGCUUUGUAUUCAGGACAUGCAUGUUUAGGAAUAUUUUCUUUAAAUUCUGUACAAGCUUCCUUAUUCUCACUCUGUAAUUUGGGUUAGUAUUGGGGAGUAAGUACAAUGUUGUUGAUCCAUCCUCAGUUUUCUCUUAUCACAGCCAUUAAACUCUGUAACGGGUUUAAUAUCAGCAUUGGCCUUAUGGUGAAAUCCCGGAGCGGUUUUCUUCCUCUCCGGCAACUGAGUUAGGAAGGACACCUGCAUCUAUGUAGUUACUGGGUAUAUUGAUGCACUAUCCAAAGUGUAAUUAAUAACUUCACAAAUCUCAAAGGGAUAUUCAAUGACUUAUUUUUUAUUAAUAUUUUACCCAUGUACCAAUAGGUCCACUUCUUAGCGAGACAUUGGAGACCCUCCCUGGACUUUGGUUGAAUCUGUGUAUGAAAUGCACUGCUCAGCUGAGGGACCUUACAAUUAUCUGUAUGUGUGGUGUACAGGAAUUAGGUACUCAUUAAAGAAUCAUUUUAAACACUAUUAUUGCACACCGAGUCCAUACAACUUAUUAUGUGACUUGUUAACCAAUUUAAUCCUGAUCUUAUUCUGGCUUUUCAUAAAAGAUUGAAUAAUUAUUGACUCCAGGCAGUACAGGUUUUCAUUUCUAAAAACAUCAUUCCACUUUGACAUUAUGGGGUAUUGUGUGUAGGUCAGUGACACAAAAUCCAAGUUUAAUCCAUUUUAAAUUUGGGCUGUAACUUGACAAAAUGUGGAAAAUAGGUGUGAACUUUCUGAAGGCACUAUUUAUUUUGGGGGGGUCUGGGGCCCCCUGGCUGACAGGUGCCCUAAGCGACUGCUUAUGUCUCUUAUGCCUGGAACCGGUCCUGUUGAUGGUCAUUGGCUGAUUUUCUCAAACUAAAAUAUGUUACAACAUUGUUACUAGUUUUUAAACAGUGUAUUGAUAUUUAAAGGGAAACCUACAAAUAGGUUUGUAUCAGUGUACUUUAAUUCAAUAUUACUAGAUAAAUGACAUUUUCCUUUUGGCACUUACUUGUGGGUACAACAUGCACACUGUAGGUCUACUCUGCUGUAUUUUUAUAAACUGAAAACUGGUUUUCCUGUGUUGAAUAGGG